CUCUGAAAACCUAAAGUCCAACCGAAAGAGACCAAAAGGCACAGAAAAAGUGAAAGACCGACGAUUCUAAUUUCAAAAUUGUUUUUACAAUUUAUACCAACAAAUUGAUCUUCAACUUCACUUAAUCUGUGCAUUCAAUUUCAAGACAAACAAGAGAGUUGCUAGACUUGAGUUGCCCCCCCCCCCCCCCGGGAGGGCCCCUCCAAAAGUUGUUACCAUUAAGCUAUCUGGCCUCGUCUUCUUCUAAGAGAAUGAGGAGCUUGUGAAAUAGAUUGAAGAAUCAAAGUUAGAUUUUUAAGGGCAUAAUGUGGUUGUUUCCAUUGAAUUCGAGUUUGAGAAAGGGGCGGAGUAGCCGGGGAAGCAAUGGCGUUUUGGUGUAUCUCAAUGUAUAUGAUCUCACACCUAUAAAUAACUAUCUUUACUGGUUCGGGCUUGGGGUUUUCCACUCGGGUAUUGAAGUAUAUGGUUUGGAGUAUGGCUUUGGAGCACAUGAGUACCCUACAAGUGGAGUGUUUGAAGUGGAACCAAGAAGUUGUCCUGGUUUCAUAUUCAGACGAUCAGUACUAUUGGGCAGUACUAACAUGUCUUGUUCAGAAUUUCAGUUAUUUAUGGAACAGCUUUCGCAAAAAUACCAUGGGGACACGUAUCAUUUGAUUGCUAAGAAUUGCAACCAUUUCACUGAUGAUGUGUGCCUGCAACUCACUGGAAAGCGUAUUCCUGGGUGGGUAAACAGGUUGGCUCGACUAGUUUCAGGUUCAUUUUGUAACUGUCUGCUUCCGGAAAACAUUCAGGUUACUGCAGUUCGACAUCUUCCUGAUCAUCCUGCAUAUUCUGAUGAAGAGAUAUUAGAUUCUGCUGCAACAUCUAUAACAUCAGAGAGCGAGGAAGACAAUUCAAAUCAUCAUCUGCUGACUAUACCAGAUACCGAUGUUGCAUUUAUCAGAGAAAAGACAGUGAGGCUUACCAGAGAACUAUGAUUUCCUCCGGACUAUUUGUUUCUUUCGUGUGGGUCAUUAUCUGUUCUAUCAUAUGUUCCCAAAUGCAAGAAAGACUGUCAGAUUCAGAUAUCUUCAAGGUACAGUGAUGAAGCUAUGCACUUCAUUUUUAUUCUAAAAAUGUCAGCCAGGCACAAAUAUCUCCUUUGCUGUCUAGAUUUGUUACCAUAUAACCCUUAAAACAUGGGUGAUCAAAUUAUGUGCCAUUAGAUUAGAUGUCUUUCCUUCGUCUUUUUUUCAGAAAAAUAUUGUGUUCUGGCUUUUUUCCCAUCCAAUAUAUGAUUUCUAUAUGCUUCGA